GAGGCAGUUUUGGUGAUGGUAAGCUGUAGACAAGAAACAGAAGAUGCAAAUAGAGAUGCGUAUGUGGUGACUAUGCGUGUGGGCGUAAUUAAGUAUUUCUCUAGUGGGAAAGGAGCUCUUGUCCGAAUGAGCGACAGACGUUUGCCAAUGAUGGGAAACUGCGCAGUGUGGUUUGAAGAGAGAAGUAAUAAAACGAAGAAGGCACGGUGAUGAUUUCGAUGCGAUGUCCGAGUUUAUGCAGACCAGAGAGAAUGUAGUGAACGGGAGUUGAUGUAAAGAAUCAGGAGAGGCGGGAUUACAACUUCAAAAUGGCGAAAAGACGAAGGAGAAGGUCGAACCUGAGGUUGAAGGUACAACUUCUUUGUUGACUUGAGUCGUCCGAGAGCGUAAUCCGUGAGAAUAAGACGCAACAACUCAAUAGUCUCGCUGUUCUUUCUUCUUCUUUUCCUUCCCUACUGGCUUUCCAGGUUCUUCUGAGCGUGCUGUGUGCAGUUCCUUGCGAUCAGGUAACGUAAUUGGGAGGACGCGAAAAUUAUGGUCGGUCGAAGUAUGUUUAGGUAUACGGCUAUACGUAUAAUAAUGCGAAUUGAAAAUGGUGAAAAAACGUCGAGUCGAGUAAUUUGUACAAAGAUUAAAAAUACGAUUGGGUCGAGAGUCUUCCGGCUUUUCUAUCUUUUUUUCUUUUCUUUUUUCCCCUUUUGUCCUGCUGUGAAAAUGCUGAAUUGGCUGACGAUGGUGAUGGAUUGUCUUCUUCUCGAGAACGCGUAUAAACAACUACUUUUUUUUUUCUUGACGCAACGACGUAGGGCAAGCCGACGACGAAACACUUUAAUUGAUUUGGCGCGCGCACACAAAAAGGCGGGAAACCUCGAGUAAGGAUUAGGAACCAACGGUUAGAGAGGGAGAGAAUAAAGGAAGGGCUAUUUGCGAUGGGGGGGAGAAGGAGGGGAAAGAAGAAAGAGAAGAUGGACAAAAAAGUUGAGGAUGGUGGAGGAUGAAAGGAGAGAAAGAUACUUGAGCAAGUAGGAGGAGCAGAAGAAAAAAAGGUGAAAAUUGCUGCAGUGGGUGACAAAGAAGUGGGCAAGGCCAGAGCCAGCAGCCAGAUGCAAUUGCACUU